UGGAAUUGAGGAAGGGUGAAAAUUGAAAAUAAUUCAAACUUGGUACAACAAGCACAUGAAGCAAUAACCGGUAAGUUUAGGGGUGGUAUUAUUGCGUUUUGCAAAACUUAAUGGGUUAAUGUAUCAAAAACAAAGGGUAUUAAUGACCCAAAUCCAAUUAGAACAUGGAAUCGUUGCCCUAGUCCUUCCAAUUCAACAACAGUGUAUUCCUUUCUUACUGGUGAAGGAAUUGCAAUGGCAUUAAAAUCAGUAUUCGAUUCUUCAGUAAUUAGGGCCGAAUUCGACAAGGCUGGAAUCAACACUCGCUUCAUCCCUCUUAUUUGGAAGUAUGUAAUACAGAACCCAGAUUGCAAUUGGGAAGAUAUUCCAUCUUUGCCCUCCUCGGCUUACACUUUGCUUGCUGCAAAGUUCAAAACUUCAACAUCCCUUGUUGACUCUGUCUUGGAGUCAAACGAUGGGGUCACCACCAAGCUCCUCAUCAAGCUCCAGAAUGGAGCAUUUGUGGAGUGUGUGAUUAUGAGAUAUGACUCAAGCUUGGGGAAAUUAAAUGGAAAGCCUCGUCCUGGAGGACCAAGAUCAACCUUAUGUGUAUCCUCUCAGGUUGGAUGCAAAAUGGGAUGCACAUUCUGUGCUACAGGAAGCAUGGGGUUCAAAAAUAACCUGUCUUCUGGAGAGAUAGUUGAACAAUUGGUGCAUGCCUCUCGUUUAUCAACCAUCCGUAAUAUUGUUUUCAUGGGAAUGGGGGAACCGUUGAACAACUACUCUGCUCUGGUGGACGCCAUACAAGUCAUGACAGCGUCUCCAUUUCAGAUCUCUCCUAGAAAAAUUACAGUCUCAACGGUUGGAAUAAUUCAUGCCAUCACCAAGCUCCACAAUGACGUCCCGAAUUUGAACCUGGCCGUCUCUUUGCAUGCACCAGUCCAAGAUAUCCGUUGUAAGAUAAUGCCUGCAGCAAGAGCUUUUCCUUUGGAAAAACUCAUGAAUGCACUGCUAGAAUAUCAAAAGAAAAGCCAGCAGAAGAUCUUUAUUGAAUACAUAAUGCUUGAUGGAGUAAAUGAUGAGGAGCAGCAAGCCCAUCAGCUUGGGAAACUGCUAGAAGCGUUUCAAGUGGUUGUGAAUCUCAUACCCUUUAAUCCAAUUGGAUCAUUAAGUCAUUUCAGUACUAGUACCAAUCAGAAAGUCAUCAGGUUUCAGAAAAUAUUGAGGGAUAUCUAUGAUAUUCGCACAACUAUCCGCAAGGAAAUGGGCCAAGAUAUAAGCGGUGCCUGUGGUCAAUUGGUGGUUAAUCUACCAGAUAAGCGCUCUAUCAGCAGUGCUGCUCCUCUAACAGAUAUUGAGGAUCUUCGUAGGCGGUAGACUCAAAGGUACCUUUUAUGUUUGGUGUUCCUAAAUUAGAUCAAAUUUUCAAUCAAGAACCACUUGAUCAGGGCUUAGUAUGUUUGCAGUGAUACUGUUUUGCAGAAAUGUGAUACCAAAUUCAGUUGCAAAAGAAGUCUGUUUCUCUUUUUAUUCUUGAUCAGUAUUAUAAAAGAAGACGACCCAAUGGGGCAUUUUUCACCCAUUUACAAUAUUGAUGUAUACAGAAUCUAACAGUACUAUCUGUCUGACUUAUUUCUGAAGGUUCGUUUAACUCUCUUUCUCAGCAAUUCUAUGUUAAAGGAGAUAAGAUUAGCAGCUUUAUCUACAGGAAAAUAUGUAGCUUCCAGUCUUAUCUGGCAGCAAGUUGCCGUUGGUCCCUGCCAAAUAAGCAUUUGGUUGAACCAAGUUGGAUCUCGUUUUCAUGAGGCUUUGGUGGAAAGGGAUCAAGGGAGAUGUUAAUGACGCCGUCACAUUCUCAAGGGAGAUGUAUACGAAACGUGACAAGCUAUCAUUCUAAUGUUUUCCUUCUUUUUUAAGAGGAAAUGUAUUUUAUUUUAUUUUAAAUUAGAAAUCGCACUUCAGAGGCAUGGACGUGUACAGGAUGUGUCCACAAAAAUAUUUUGUACGAGCAUUAAUCAGAAGACAUCAUAAGCUA